AUGAAUGGGCCGCGUCCCUCAACUCGUGCGUUCCUGUGCGAUCUGCCAUGUCUUGCUGCCGAUUCGAAGAUUCGUUUUUUAGGCUGUGUCAGACAAUAUAAUGUCGCGAUAGGCCAUCUGAUCCUAGAACACAAUUAUCCACGCAGCAAGUCUGAAUCCAGUACGGUUGCCGUGGAUAUUAAUGCUGUCCUGGAGAGUUUGACGGCGGAGGAUCUACGCGUAGGCACUUGGUUGAAUGUGCUGGGCUAUGUGCGAGAUUCUACCACUCCGGAAUCUUUUUCGAGUCAAGUGGAUUCUCAAAAUUUGAACAGCACCGUUCCUAUCAAAGUUGCGUCUCGUCCGGUCUAUAUUGAGGCUGUGAUGGUUUUUCCUGCUGGAGCUAUCGCGUUGGGGGAAUAUGAGCGCAUUCUUCGACAUGUUCAAGAUGUGGAGAGCCGUAUCAAUUACCGGGAUGGAUGUUGA